AUGUCUCCGAGACAGCACCCGCUGCCUUAUAGAGGGGACUUUUCGUCAGCAGAGGAAUACACGGAAAAGCUACUUCAGUUCGCGAGCACGACACGCCUGUUCCAGACCCUCUGUGGCGGCAUCCACAUACUCGACUUUUUCACCUCGGAGACGAGCUUGUUUGAAAAGGUGCUGCCGGAAGAAUGGCACGACUUCCUGCGGGUGACGGACAUGAUGAGCCUUCUUGAUCUCCUCAUGAGGGACAAGCUGGAAUCGGCCAUCUCGAUCGAGGGAGCCGGUCCGCCGGCGAGCCUGCUGGAGUAUAUCAAAUCGAUCCGUAACCUUUCCCUCGGCCGGGACUUCCGUCCCCCGGAAGAGAGGCUGCCCGAUCUCCCACGUUCGGUGGCGGUGGGGAUGAGGCCGAAGAAGAUGCACGAAGUCAAACAUUUCGCCAACUACGUCCAGCGGCUCUCCAACGACAUCGCCGAGUCGAGCGGCGGUGACAUCUCUCACUUUGUCGACUUCGGCAGCGGACAAAACUACCUCGGCCGUGCCCUCGCGAGCGAGCCGUACAACCGUCGGGUCGUGGCCGUCGAGGGACGCGAGAGCAACGUCACGGCGGCCAAGGGGCUCGACCGGUUGUCGGGCCUCGCGGUGAAGCAAAAGGUGAUGCGGAACAAGAAGCUCUGGAACCAGAUCCUCGCCAUCAGCGGCCCGAGCCGAGACGACCGAGGGGUGAUCGCCGAGGCGGCGAAGCAGGUGGCCGGAACCGAGGGCUUUGACUUCCGACCGAUGAAUGAGCUCGGGUCCACGUACGCCGUCGAGGAAGGCAAAGGUCACAUCCAGUACGUGUCGGGCCAUCUCGACAACGGCGAACUGGGGGACGUCGUCUCCGAAAUCGAAAACGGCGAGGCCGAGGGCAGGAGGCGGCGGCCGAGGCCGAGGCUCAUGGCCGUCUCGAUCCACUCGUGCGGCAACCUCUCGCACUUUGGCAUCCGAUCGCUCGUGCUCAACCCGGAGAUGCGAGCCAUCGCCAUCGUCGGGUGCUGCUACAACCGCAUGACGGAGAAGCUCGGCCCGCCGACGUACAAGCACCCACACCUGCGACCGAACCUGCAGGCGCUCAACAGGCGAGCGGCGCGCGAGUCCGACAGGCGCGACCCGCAGGGGUUCCCGAUGAGCGACCGCUUCUCGACCUACCAGGGCGAGGGUGUCCGGCUCAACAUCACGACGAGGAUGAUGGCCUGCCAGGCACCGCAGAACUGGACGCGCGAGGACAGCGAGAGGUUUUUCACCCGACACUUCUUCCGGGCCGUGCUGCAGAAGAUGUUCCUCGACCGCGGCGUGGUCGACCGCAUCCAUCAACAGCCGACGCCGCAGCAGCCGACGUCGGGCUCCGAGGAGGAGGCCUCGACCGAGGAGGCGGCAGGCGACCUGGCGGGCGACCCGGCCAGCACGUGCACCAGCCCCGUCACCAUCGGGGCUCUCGGGAAAAGCUGCUACCGGUCGAUCGGCUCGUACGUGCGGGGCGCGAUCGAGAAGCUCACGACGAACGGCGAGUACCAGCAGCACGCGCAGAUUGUCCGGGACAAGAUGGCGGACGUGACCGACGAGGAGAUUGACGCGUAUGAGGCGGCGUACCUGCCCCGUCGCAAGGAGCUCUGUGUCAUGUGGAGCUUGAUGGCAUUCAGCGCGACGGUCGUCGAGGCGCUGAUUGUGACGGAUCGAUGGACCUAUCUCAAGGAGCAGUCGGAUGUGGUGAGCGAUGCGUGGGUGGAAACCGUGUUCGACUUUGGCGAAAGCCCGCGAAACCUGGUAGUGGUGGGCGUCAAGAGGGCCGACGCGGAUGUGGAUGCGGGGGCAGAGGAGGCAGACGGGGAGGGAGAGAGAGGCGCAGGCCGGAGCCAACAUGCAUGA